AUGAGCAUCAACGGAUUUGCUCUCGUUACUGGUUCAGGGAGCGGGAUUGGCCGGGCCUGCGCGUUGGCCUUUGCUUCUGAAGGAGCUGCUGGCGUUGUCUUUGCCGAUUUGAACCGAGAGAGCGCUGAGAAGGCAGCCGAAGAAAGCAAGAAAUUGGCAACACACCCUGCAUAUCGAGCACUCGUAUUGACCCUCGACGUGACCAAUGAGGAGCAGGUGGAAUCCGUGGUAGCAGAGACGAAGCAGGCGUUUGGAAGAAUUGAUUACAUGGUGAAUUCGGCUGGAAUUGGUGUCCAAGUCGCAGCGGAGAUUGCCGAAGCAUCCCUGCCGGAAUUUAACCGCUUCCUCGACGUGAACGUCAAAGGGACUUUCCUUCUCACCAAGGUUAUGUCUCGCGCCAUGAAAGAGCAACAGCUGAAGCCCGUGAGCUCGAAAAAUCCCGAUCGGGGUUCUACGCGGGGUGUUAUUCUCAAUAUGGCGUCUUGUUCAUCGUUCGUGGCGACGCCUUUAUUGACGCAGUAUACCACGUCUAAACAUGCCGUUCUUGGUUUGACUCGAAACGCCGCAUUGGAUAAUGCGCAAUACAAUAUCCGUGUCAACUGCCUGUGCCCCUCGUGGGUUGAUACGCCUAUGGUGGACCGCGCCGUGCAAGGGAAUCCGGAAUUGAAGGCGCUGAUUGCAAAGGCCGUGCCAAUGGGAAGGAUUGCACAUGUGGACGAGAUAACUGAUUUGAUCUUGUUCCUAUGUAGCCCCAAAGCGAGUUAUGUCACUGGUAGUAGCUGGAUUGUUGAUGGGGGAACUACUCUGACAAGUCAUGCUUAA